GACGUGAAUUUAGUAUUUGUCGUGAGUAGUACAGUUUUUGAAGUGCAAGUAAGGGAUCGCCAACGGCAAAGAGAAUAGCAUUAGCAUAGCACCCUCUUUCCUGCUAUGCCUCUGAUUUACUCCUUCGUCACACCAACAACGUGAGGUUCUUUCAUCUUUCCUAUUCCCCAAUUCGCCAUUGGUCAAAGUUGACUUGGUGCCAAGGUUUCCGAUUUCGAUUUGAAGGCUGAAUAAUUGUUGUGUUGUGCGAGUUUUUUUUGGGGUUUGUUCCCACAAUCGCAAAUGGCCGCGGUUCGUAGGCGGGUAUGGCAGUUAUCGGGGUUCGGUGCUUUUGGGGCUUCCAAUUCAAAACUAUCGUCUUCGUUCCAAAGACCAAUCUUUGAUCCAUUCCCUCUUUUGGGCACACGAAAUGUUUCUCAAUUGGUCAAAGCCAACGGAAAGCACUUGUUUCUCGUCGAUACCUUGGCCCUUGUUAGGAGACUCGAGGGGGAAGGAGUGCCCUCAAAGCAUGCUGAGGCAAUAACCGCUGCCAUAACUGAAGUGUUGAAUGACAGUCUCGAGAAUGUGUCUCAGUCGUUAGUGUCAAAAGGAGAAAUGCAGAAAACUGAAAUGCUCCAAGAAGCCAACCUGUCCAAGUUUAAAGCAGAGGUUCAGAGCUCACAGGGUCACCAUUUUUCUCUCUUACAACAUGAGACUGAGAAGCUUAGGAAUGAUAUAGAUAAGAUGCGUAGUGAAUUGAGGUAUGAGAUAGACAAAGUCACUGCUGGGCAGCGAUUAGAUUUGAACCUCGAAAGGGGGAGAAUAAGGGAGGAAUUGUCUGAUCAAAAUGCUGAAACUAACAACCUGACAAACAAACUUGAUAGAGAAAUUCAUUCUUUAAGAGCACAGCUGGAAGCAGCCAAAUAUGAUGUCAUAAAAUACUGCAUAGGAACACUUGUUUCAAUCUCUGCGGUUGGUCUUGCUGUUUUACGUAUCUUGAUGUAAACGGAUUGUAUUCCAAUUAACAUCCACCAAAAUGAGGUGGAAAAGAAUCAGGAGUAGCUGUUUUGAAGAUGUAUCUUCUGUCAAACAAUUGCAUUACAAUACUAGCUCAACUUUUUUUUUUUUUUUUUUUUUUUUUUUUUU